GUUACAUGCACUAGAUACCUACAUGGUACCUAAAAUGGUACCUACGCAGUCGCAAACUUGAAUCACUUUCUUCUACGUACAUACCUAAUCUAUACAAUAUACCAUUCGCCGGUAUUGUAAAAGAUCAAUUACCUGAAGUCUAAAUCAUGAACUUUGUGUUCGCAAGAAAUAUAGAAUAAUAAAUGAAAAGUCGCCUAUUCCCUCGCGGAAAAAAUGGGGAAAGAAGAACAGGUCGAAGAACGUGAAGUUCUCGACUCUAUUUUCCCAGAAGAAAUCACAGAUAUUUCCGACACCGAAUAUCGAAUAUCAAUAAAACUAGAUAUACCCGACGAUGAUGGCAACGACGAAGACGAAGCUAGCGAGCCUCCCACGCUUAUUCUACACGUGCGUUACCCGGACGACUACCCCGAUGAGGCCCCUAUCCUCGACCUUUCGCCACCUCAAAACGCCAUACCGUACCCAUACUUCGCUGUUUCUGCCGACAAAGAGCGGUUGUUAAAGGGGCUUGAAGACGCUAUCCAGGAAAACAUGGGAAUGGCUAUGGUUUUCACGCUUGUGACGACCUUGAAAGAAGAAGCUGAGCAGUUAAUUGCAGAUCGCAAGGCGGCUGCUGCUAAGGAACGUGAGGAGGCUAUCCUUGCCGCGGAACGUGAAGAGAACAAGAAGUUUCAUGGUACACCGGUAACCCCGGAAACAUUUAUGAAGUGGCGAGAAGGCUUCUUAAGAGAAAUGGAAGAAAACCGACAGAGAGAAGAGGAAGAGAGGCUAGCGGAACUAAAGAAGGCUAAGGUAAAGGAACCAAUCAAGUUGACAGGCAAGCAAUUAUGGGAACGAGGGUUAGCUAAGGGCGAUGAGGCUGAGUAUGACGACAACAUCCCAACCGAACAAGUUGAGCGGCUCAAGGUUGAGGCGUAGUAGUGAGUGACACCCAGUCGCCUUGAGAGCAUUGCAGGCAGUUCAUAGGCGCAUCUGGCACGGCUUAGGAGAACGAAUUAAGGGGAAACCGCCUCAUUUAAAUCAACUCGACGA